AACAUCGAUUUCCGCUUCCUUUUCACCUCGACGCUUGCAGGAUACUUUGAUCCGCUUAAAGAUCUAUUAAAAUACUGCGUGUAAGUGGACUUCAAAUUUGAUUAUUACCAAAAAUCAUCUUUAUGUAUAAUUUACUUGUAUAUCCCUCAUUUUCGUUUACAAAGAAUAAUUUAAAAUGUGUUUUUCAGCAUUAUGCCUGUUAUAUACGGUAUGGCCGUAGGCCUUAACAAGGGUCUCAAAUUGACUGAGAACAAAAGCAAACCCAGACCAUCUAGAAGAAAGGGUGCUCUUACUAAAAGAUCCAAAUUUGUUCGCGAUUUGAUCCGUGAAGUGAGUGGAUUUGCCCCGUAUGAGCGUAGGGUUAUGGAAUUGCUUAAAAUUUCAAAAGACAAGAGAGCUUUGAAAUUCUCAAAGAAGAGGCUCGGCUCCCACAUCAGAGCAAAGAGAAAGAGAGAAGAAAUGCAAAGAGUUAUCCAAGCUCAAAGAAAAGCACAAUCCGCUAAAUAA